AUGGGCGCGCUCCUUGUUCGGGAAGCCAAAGCAGCCUUUGUGGCUUGUGUAUUGCAGGCUCAGCUUGCCCUGUCGGCUGUCUCGGUGCUGUCACAUCAGACUGGACAUUUGGUCUUGAGGCUGCGUGACCAUGUUGUAAUUGACGAACGUGAGCUCGUCGCUCGUCGUCCACGUCCUCACAGCAGCUGCUCCUCGAUGAGGGGACCUCUUUGUCCAAAGCUGGCUCCUGAUUCAGGUGAGGCGGAGGGUCUGGUGGACGGCGUCUUGUCCCAGCAUCUUCGUCUGGCUCAUCCAGAAGCCUUUCGAUGGGACUGGGCCAGUGAUCAGAAGGUGGCCACGGCGGUCUCCAAGCUCAUCCAGGACCUGACUGCAGGCUCUUCCCAAGCUGGCCUCGUGAACUUGACUUUGGGCCACGAAUCUUUUGCUGGCGCUCAGAAACGGCCAUCGUCGAGAUCUCGCUGCUUCGAACUGGCAUUGGGACGGCUACCUCCUUCGCAGCGCUUUGGGCAAAGCAUCCCCGCUGACUUCUCCAGAGGCUUUCCGACUGACCUGAAAGUCAGCUGGGACGGAGUGUGGCGAGUAGUUGCGUGCCCAUACCCAGCCGAUCCUGCGACUUCUCUUUAUUUUGGUGAAGCUCCUCUACGUCACGGCCUUUGCCUCCGAGCCGGAAGCUCAAAGCUUCUCCUGUCGCGGCCAGCAGUGGUGCGGCGUUUCGUAGUCGGCAUCGACGCCAGCUCACGCAAACCGGAAGAUUGCCAAGAUGGCUUCGUUUGUGGCUUGCUCCAGGGGCGAGAAAGAUGGUGUCGACGCUUGGAGCAAGUGGCCAUGGAUGCGCGAGCUUCCAAAGCACAUGGUGCAGGCCGUGGCAUGUUUUAUAGUGAUGUUGGCAACAGCUUGCUUGCCGUGGAUGAGGUGUCCCUCAUCAACAUGCCUUCGACUGGUCUCGUAGUGGCUUCCAUAGCCUUGUCUACGGCGCCCUUGCAAAAGGAAUCUGCAGAGGAUCGUCAGGUUGUCCUUCUGCAUCGGCCCAUGGAAGAGCAGAAGAUCUCUCCUCGGCCUCCUGGGCUUUUCGAGGGCACGCUGGAAACCAUCUCGGCGGAUGCUGCAGUCUGGAAUGCCGAUGAGAUUCUGUCGCACGGCCUUCGACUCAGCAGACGCGUGACCUUCGUGGAUCAGCUCACUCAGCGUUCGUCUGGAGAAUUGAAGCAUUCUCUUCCUUCAGCCCAGGAGAACAAGCAAGAAGCGGUGAUAGAGCCGACUGCAACCUAUGCUGCUCUACAGGAGCAACUUGUAGAGACAUUUGCGGAGUUGGCCCAGAAGCUUGCGGACCCAGGAACCGAGGUCCUCGCCGGCAGUGUGGUUUACGAAGAUCUCAACGCGGAGAAGGUCGGAGAGCUGGCUGAAGACCUUGCGCUCAAAAUGACGGAGAAACUCCAGGAACCUGCCGAGAGCCCGAAAGUGUUGCAAGCUCAGCUCAAACAACAGUUGGCUGAAGCUUUGGGCAUCCUCUUCCAGCAAGGCCAGGAGAACACUGAGGACGGCGUGUCAGACUUUGGCGCUUAA